AUGCUCAAAUCUUGCACAAACGACCAAUCUGGCGACCCCAAUCCUCGUCCCAUCUCUCCUGAAGUCGAGCAGCCAUUUGAGACUACAUCCGAACGCGAGUCGACACUAGGACACCUCGCUCGGGCGGUCUCGCAGCUCUCUCAAGUGCGGGACGAGACUUUCCACGAGUUCGAAAAAGGAAGCUCCCUCGACCCUUCUUCGCCCGCUUUCAACGCUCGCAAGUGGGCGCAGAGCUUCAUUGCCGCGUACAACGGCACGAGCCCUCAACCUCUCAGUGGAGUAUCCUUUGAGGACCUCAGCGUACAUGGCUUCGGCUCAGAUGCCGAUUACCAAAAGACAGUUGGCAAUGUACCUCUUCAAUGGCUCGGCGCCGUCCGCGACCUAAUCGGGAGCAACCGCAAGCACAAGGUGGAAAUCCUCAAGGGAGUAGAUGGUGUAUUGAACGAUGGCGAGAUGCUGGUGGUGCUAGGUCCCCCUGGAAGUGGAUGUUCGACUUACCUCAAAACCAUUGCGGGCGAAAUGAACGGUAUCUACCUCGACGAAAACACCAAGAUCAACUAUCGCGGUCUCACCUCCGAACAAAUGCAAGGCCAGUUCCGGGGCGAAGCAGUCUACACGGCCGACGUCGAUGUUCAUUUCCCCAAGCUCACCGUCGGGCAGACUCUACAAUUCGCGGCCGAGGCCAGAGCUCCACGUGAACCGCCCUAUGGUAUCUCGCGGACAGAAUAUGCUCGACUCAUGCGCGAUACGGUGAUGGCCAUCUUUGGUAUCUCCCACACUGUCAACACCAAGGUCGGGAACGACUUUAUCCGAGGAGUCUCUGGAGGAGAACGGAAGAGAGUCACAAUCUCCGAGGUCGCUCUCUCUGAUGCUCCGCUCCAGUGCUGGGACAACUCUACUCGCGGUUUGGACUCGGCCAACGCCAUUGAGUUCUGUCGGAACCUUCGCCUCUCUUCGGACUUUUUCGGUACCGCAUCCGCCGUAGCAAUCUACCAAGCUCCUCAGGCCGCCUACGACAUCUUCGACAAGGUAUCCGUCCUCUACCAGGGCGAGCAGAUCUACUUUGGCUCCACAUCCACCGCCAAGCAGUUCUUUGUCAAUAUGGGCUUCGAGUGCCCCGAUCAGCAGACCACCCCGGACUUCCUCACCUCCCUCACUUCUCCCUCGGAGCGCAGGGCGCGUUCUGGGUGUAAAGUCCCCACUACCCCUCGGGAGUUUGCUUCGGCUUGGCGGCAAAGUGAGGAGUACAAGCGGCUCAAGGAGGAGAUAAGGGGCUUCAACGCGGCUCAUCAUCCCACCGAGCGAUACGAUGAUUUCCUUGCUCUCCGUCGUGUCAAACAGUCCAAGUUCCUUCGCCCCAAGUCCCCUUACACCUUGUCCUUCCCCCAGCAAGUCCAGAUCUGUCUCCGCCGAGGCUUCUGGCGACUAUUCUCCGACCCGGGCUUCACCAUUUCACAGCUCGUCGGUAACUUUGUGGUUGCUCUGAUCAUCGGGUCCAUGUUCUACAAUCUUCAACCUGUCACUUCCUCGUUCUUCCUCAGAGGCGUAGUCAUUUUCCUAGCAAUUUUGUUCAAUGCUUUCGGAUCAGCGCUCGAGAUGUACACUCUGUACGACCAGCGUUUGAUCGUCGAGAAGCACAGUCGAUACGCUUUUUACCACCCAUCGGCAGAAGCUCUCGCCUCGGUCAUCACCGACUUGCCAUACAAGAUCACAAACGCCAUCCUCUUCAACACCACCCUCUACCUCAUGACCAACCUUCGUCGCGAGGCGGGCGCCUACUUCUUCUUCCUCCUCUUCGGUUUCGUCAUCCUCCUCACAAUGUCCUCCUUCUUCCGCAGCAUCGCAUCCGUCUCCCGAACCCUACAGCAGGCGCUCGCACCCGCUACCGUGCUCAUCCUCGGCUUGGUCAUGUUUACAGGCUUCGCCUUGCCGCCAAGCUACAUGCGCGGCUGGUCUCGGUGGAUGAAGUUUGUCAAUCCGAUGAGCUACGCCUUCGAAUCCCUCAUGAUCAACGAGUUUGCGGGGCGGGAGUUCGACUGCUCGACCGUCAUCCCUCGCGGACCAUCUUACGACGUCUCGGGCAUGCAGCGGGCUUGUCAGAUCGAUGGCGCCACCCCAGGUAGUCUCAUCGUCCAGGGCGGCUCCUACCUUUCCGCCGCUUUCGAGUACAACCCGGCAUACAAGUGGCGCAACCUCGGUAUCCUCUUUGCUUUAUUUGCCGCCAUGUCUCUCAUCUACUUUGUCGCAGCCGAAUAUGUCAUGUCCCAAAAGUCCAAGGGCGAGGUGCUCGUUUUCCCACGCGGUGCUAUUCCCCCGGAACUGAAGGCGGCCGACGAGGAGGCCAGGAUCACUGACUCUCCAUCCGUCGCGCCGGCUGCCGAAGCCCUCAUCCAACGUCAAACAGCCAUCUUCUCCUGGAAGGACGUUGUGUACGACAUCAAGAUCAAGCAGGAGACGAGGAGAAUCUUGGACCACGUCGAUGGAUGGGUCAAGCCUGGUACUCUUACCGCUCUUAUGGGUGUCUCUGGUGCUGGAAAGACCACCCUCCUCGACGUUCUCGCUACCCGUGUCACCAUGGGCGUCGUCACCGGAGAAAUGCUUGUCGAUGGCAAACAGCGGGAUGCCAGUUUCCAGCGGAAGACUGGAUACGUCCAGCAGCAAGACCUCCACCUCGCUACCUCCACCGUCCGCGAAGCCCUCCGAUUCUCCGCCAUCCUUCGCCAGCCGCGGCACGUCUCCAGGCAGGAGAAGCUCGACUACGUCGAGCACGUCCUCGUCCUCCUCGAGAUGGAACGGUACGCCGAUGCGGUCGUCGGUGUCCCCGGCGAGGGUCUCAACGUCGAGCAGCGGAAGCGCUUGACAAUCGGUAUCGAGCUCGUUGCCAAGCCGGAGCUACUUCUCUUCCUGGACGAGCCCACUUCCGGUCUCGACUCGCAGACCUCCUGGAACAUCCUCCUCCUCCUGCGCAAACUCACCUCCCACGGCCAAGCCAUCCUCUGCACGAUCCACCAACCCUCCGCGUCGCUCUUUGAGCAGUUCGAUCGCCUGCUCUUCCUCGCCAAGGGAGGUCGGACCACCUACUUUGGCCCGGUCGGCAAGGGGUCUCGGAUCCUCAUCGACUACUUUGAGCGCAACGGCGCCGUCAAGUACCCCGCGGGCGAGAACCCUGCCGAGUGGAUGUUCACCGCUGUCGGCGCUGCUCCGGGAAGCAGCACCAAUGUCGACUGGCACCAGGCCUGGCUCAGCAGUCCUGAGCGGUCUGAAGUGCGGGCCGAGCUCGCUCGUCUCAAAUCUUCGGAGGUCAACGGCGGUUCGGACACCUCCAGCACUCAGUCCACCAACCUCUCGGAAUUCGCUGCGCCCUUCUCCGAGCAACUGCUCGCGGUCACGCACAGGGUCUUCCAGCAGUACUGGCGUACUCCGUCCUACAUCUUGGCAAAGACCGGUUUGGUCACGGUAUCGGGUCUCUUUGUCGGCUCUGCCUUUUACAAGAUGGAGACGUCCAGUCGAGGUGUGACCAACCAGAUGCUGUCCCUGUUUCUGCUUUUCCUCCUCUUUGGUCAGAUGAUGGGUCAAAUCAUGCCAAACAUCGUCGUCCAGCGGAGUCUGUACGAAGCGCGGGAACGGCCAAGCAAGACAUACCACUGGCAGUGCUUUGUCCUAUCGCAAAUCAUCGUGGAGCUACCUUGGGGCGCAAUCAUGGCCACCAUUCUGUACUUUACGUGGUACUACCCUACCGGCUUCUACCUCAACGCCAUCGCCACCAACUCGGUCGCCAUCCGGGGCUUCACCAUGUGGCUGUUCAUCACGGUCUUCAUGUGGUUCAUGUCCACCUUCGCGUCGGUUAUCAUCGCUGGAAUGCACUCUGCAGAGAUGGCGGGCGAGGCGGCGAAUCUAUUAUUUACGGUCAGCCUGCUGUUCUGCGGAGCGCUCAUACCCGGAUCUCAACUCCCUCGCUUCUGGAUCUUCAUGUACCGCCUCUCCCCCCUCACCUACCUGACCGAGGGAAUGCUAUCGACCGCGGUAAAGGAUACGGCAAUAGUAUGCCUCGACUCAGACUUUGUCAACGUCGCCCCACCCUCCGGCCAGACCUGCGCCCAAUACCUCGGACCCUGGACCGCGUCGUCCGGCGGGUAUCUUGCGGCCGGAACGGAGAGCAGCACCUCGGCCUGCCGACUUUGCCCAAUGGACAACACCAACCAGUUCUUGGCGUCGCUGGAGAUGGACCCGGGUAAUGUCUGGCGGGACUUUUCGGUGAUGUGGGCCUUCAUUGUCUUCAACAUUGUUGCGACUAUCGGCAUCUAUUGGUUGGCGCGCGUUCCCAAGAAGGCUGGGAGGGAGAAGGGAGGGGAGAAGAAGGAAGCGUAG